CUCAUCUUAACGCACCACAAUGCCGCGGUUAAAACCUUAAGGAAUAAGUUAUAGCUGUACGGCAAAGGUCUAUACACGCAUCCAUUCUACAUACUGCGGUUGUCGACCACGUGGUAUCAAGUUUCUCCAUGCGUAUUUUGCAUAUCGCGUAUCUAGGGCUAGCUUCCCUCAGCCUCGCCCGGGCCUGUGAAACCGAUGAGGAUUGCAGCCUCAAUGGCAUCUGCAUUGACAGCACCGAUGGUACCAAUAACGAUGAUGGUCGCGGCACUGCAAGCAAAAUAUGUAAAUGUGACCAUGGCUGGUUUGGUGAAGACUGCGGCAGGCUGGAUCUCGCUCCGGCUACUAGGUAUACAGGUUACAACUACACAAAUGUUACAGACCCAAGCUACUACGGCAAGUAUGGCAACUCCUCCUGGGGUGGACAGAUCUUGCAGGAUCCAGCCGAUCCUACCCUAUUCCAUCUGUUUGCGUCUCAGUUCAGCUACGGCUGUGGACUGAGUGGAUGGAGACCGCAUUCCUUUAUCAUGAGGGCCGAAUCUCGGACUGGACCGCAGGGCCCAUACCAUUUCGCCGACACGGUGGCUCCGGCCUUUCGCCAUAACCCUUAUGUUUUCUUCAGUCCAGCAGAUAAUAAGUAUCUCUUGUAUACCAUCGGCGUUGAUGCCCCGAAGCCGGAGAAAUGCCAAAGCAUAUCUUACACACGGUGGCCGAACAACAUCUCCGUCGCCAGCUCUGAUAGCAUUCGAGGGCCUUGGACCCCGUUUCAAAUGAUUCUGGACUCUGAAGAACCACAAUCGACGAAUCCUGCACCAUGGCCACUUUGGACACCAGACGACCCAACCAGCCAGAUUAUAAUGGGAGUGGAGGGAAAUGCAAUCUUCGUUGCAGAUAGAUGGGACGGCGAAUACAAGUUGAUGUACACGCAGCAAUGGAACACAACCAGGUAUAGCCCCACAUGGACCGAGGACCCGUUCUUCUGGCGCGACAAGCGGGGGAACUGGCAUACCUUGACGCACUGGAUGAUCGAUAUUGUUGAACAUGAUGGGCAGAAAUGGCCGCGUGUUGGUGCCCAUAUGUAUGCACGCGAUAUAACUGGGCCUUGGUAUUUCAAGUUGCAGGAGGCUUUCAACUCUACUGUUACAUAUACCGAUGGGUCGGUUGAGACCCUCAAGCGCCGCGAGAGACCGAAGAUUUUCUUUAGUGACGAUGGUGAGAUGACGCCACUUUAUUUAAUCAAUGGGGUGCAAAGCAUGAAUGAGAGUUCGCGAAGCUAUACCCUUAUUCAGCCGAUUGGAACGAAGUGGAAGCAGUAUGAGAAAGACCUCGGCUUGUGAUAGUGAUCAUCAAUAUCGGUAUCCGAGCCAGGACGGC